AGCAUCGGAAUGAAUAUGCUCUCAUUAGACAAGUUUUCUAGAAAAUCUUAUACAAGGUCUUAUCUUGUCUUCGUUUUGGAUCAAAAUCUCUUGGGGUCCAAAAUGCACAUGAUCGAAACCUCUAGGAACGACCACCCAUGCAAUAUUAUUGUGGAACUGCUACGAAAUGCAGCUAAGGAUUAAAUUCAUUUCUUCCUCAACCCACACAGUGCCUUAUUCAACUGCUGAUCUUGUCUAUGGCGUUGAAACCAGUCAGUCUGACAUAGUUGAAGGGAGAUGCAACAGUUUUGUUGAUGUAGCUGGAAGAGAAUCAAGAGUCUCAUCUUGUGAACUGAAAGAAUCGGAUUACAGACAUUCCAGUGGCAGAGGAAGACGUGGAAAAUCUGUAUCUAUUGAAAAAGUUAAUUUCUGCAAGGAAACUGAUGAUAAUUUUGGACCCCCUGAAUUUUUUCCUCCAACGAAACAUAUCCAAUGUAGACCAAAUGCAGUUAGGAGCAAUAUUAGAGGAGAUCCUAUGUACAGUAUGAGGACAAACAGUCUGGCUUCAGGAAGAGAUACUGAGGAUUUAAUUGCAAUGGGAACAAUAUGGAGUCCAAAUGCUCAAACACCUGCAAAACAGUUAAACAGCAGCGCAAGUAGUGCUAGUACUGUCACAAACAGUGCUGUUACAAACGUCACUGGCAGAAAUAUGCAAAUGUAUACAACACAAGGAUCGAACAGUUCAACAGGAAUGCCCCAGACUUGUAGAGGGCGCUACACCAUAUCAGGAAUGAGACCAAUACUGGUUCAAACAUCAAGAAACUCCAAUAUGAAAGAUGGUAUUUGUCGAAUUUUCUGGAUUUCGUAG